CUAAACAGCCUAGGGAGCGGAAGGAUAGCCAGCAAUAGCCUUGAUAAAUAGAUGUUGACGCAAAUUGGAUAUCGUUUGAAGUCCACUUAAUGCAACAGGAACGGGCUGCUUAAUACAACGUGUAAACGGUACUUCUACCGUCCUUUGUGGACUUGGUUGUUUGACACUACACUACACCUGCCAACGGCCUCUGUACUGUGGAGGAGAACGCCCUCCUCCACUCACUGUGUCAGACCACAGAGAUAUCGCCUCUUCAAGAGCUCCACCCACGCGUGUCAGAAGGAUUAACGCUGGGGCUUUUUUUUUCGCCUAACACUUUUGCAAAGUAUAAUAACUAGGUGCUCCUCAAUACAAUUCAAUACGAACACAUUGAUUAUUGAAAUGUAAGCGCACAUUCCUUCGUCAUUCGCCGCUGUAGUUUAAAUUGAGUCAACUAAUGUGUUCCGUUGGAUUGUUGUCACGUCGCGGCGCUGAAACUUUAGAAGACCUUUUAAAUUAUAUUUUUAAGUUUAAACCCUGUGGAGGAUUGUGUUUCGAUUUGAAUGGUAAUGAAGAGCAAUAAUUAAGCCGUUUUUAACAGCGUUCAGCAGAGACGCAUUCGUGAAAAUAAGAGUUGCCUGUCCUGUGUGGGAUGCUACUGGACUGGUGGCAGGUCGAGGCUGAAGGAGCAUGGUGAAACACCAACCCUUGCAGGUCUAUGAGAAGCAGGUGUUUGUGUCUUUUGUGACCGGAAUCUACGGUUGCCGCUGGAAACGCUACCAACGCUCCCACGAUGACAGCUCUAAGUGGGAGUGCACGUGGACGGCCAUGUUGUUCAGCUCCUUCCUGCUGCUGCUGUUCUGGGCCUACUUCUGGCUGGUGGCGCACAACGACUACAACCAGUUCAACUGGUUGCUGUACAACCGCUCCGGAGAGUGGCGAGAUGACACGUUUCUCAUCCUGGCCUACAGUGUUGUUGGGUUCAGCUACGUCUCUAUCCUAACGAUUCUAGCAUGCUUCCAUAUUUCCUUGGGCCAGCAGCUCAACCUCUACUGGGUGCAUAAGGUGGGCGUUCUAGUCACGCUGCUCACCACCAUCUCAGGGGUGGUUACCGUGGACGAUGUGUGGGGCGAGGAGUGGGCCAUCUUGCUCAUAUCUCUGCAGUCCACAGCACCUUUCCUGCACCUUGGAGCCCUGGCCGUGUUCACGGCGCUGGGCUGGCUGGUGGCGGGAUACGUGGUCCGCAGGGAGAGGUCCAACUUCCAGGUGAUGGUGCUGCUGAUCUACGUGGUGCUCCUCCUGCUGAUCUACCUGGCUCCGCUCACCUUCAGGUGCCCCUGCGUCAUGAACAGCCACAGCCUGGCCCCGCGGCCCGAGAUCAUCGGCCGGCGGGGCGCUCCCAUGCUGGCUCCAGAGAACACCAUGGUGUCCUUCAACAGAGCCCUGCAGCAGGGGGUGAGCUCCCUGCAAGCGGACGUCACCAUCAGUGAGGACGGCGUGCCCUUCCUGAUGCGGGACGACACCCUGCGGAGAACAACGGACGUGGGCAAGGUGUUCCCGUCCCGGCAGCACGACGACGCCUCCUCCUUCAACUGGACCGACCUCCGCGCUCUGAACGCAGGACAGUGGUUCCUGGAGAGCGACCCCUACUGGACGGCGGACUCCCUGUCAGCCAAGGAGCGCGGCCGCGCGGGGAACCAGACGGUGUGCCCCCUGGUGGAGAUGCUGCGCCUGGCGGCCCGCGCCAACCGCUCGGCCCUGCUCAACGUGCGCCGGCCGCCCCCCCAGCACCCGCGCCACCGCAGCUGGUUCAUGGACACCCUCUGGGUCAUCCAGCGCUCCGGCAUCCCCCAGAAGAGGGUGAGGAUUGUGACGUGGACCCCCGACACGGACCGGGGCCGCGUGCGGGGGCUGCAGCAGGCCGCGGACGCGUUGCUGUCGCUGGAGGAGAUGAGGCAGAGGGGAGUCAGCAGUCUGACGCUGCACUACAGCAAGGCCAGCCACAGAGAGCUGCAGGAGUACCUGGCCAACAACGUGAGUGUGACGGUGUACCCGGUGAACGAGGCCUGGCUCUACUCCCUCCUGUGGUGCAGCGGGGUGCCUUCUGUCUCCUCCGACGCCCCCCAGGACCUCCGCAAGGUGCCUUACCCCAUCUGGCUCAUGAGCCAGAGUGCUUACUGCUUUAUCUGGAUCACGUCGGAUCUGGUGUCCAUCGCCGUCGUGCUGGUGAUUUUCUCCUUCCAAAACUAUCAUAUGAUCAGAUGGAAGAUGAGUGGCAUGCAGAACUACAACCCGGAGCACAUCAUGCUGAGCGCCGUGACGCGCCGGGCCAGUCGAGACGUCAACGUCAUGAAGGAGAAGCUCAUCUUCUCAGAACUCAACAAUGGGCUGAAUAGCACGGAGGAUCUGUCCCUCAACCUGGAGAAUGGCUAUGCUAGCUACUCAUGUGGUGGCCACUGAAUAUAUCAAACCAGAGGAAGAAAUGCUACUUUCAUGGCAUUGUAUUAAGGUUACUUGAAUAGGAUUUAACUGAUACCUUGUCUGUUUAGAGAUUUCUAACUGCCCAAAACCUGGCUUUGUACCAGGUUCUGCUGUCUUGACUGGCUUGUGUACAUUGUAAUGGCGACAUUAAAUGUAAGCUCAGUUAUAAGGACUGUAAUUACUUGUUAUUUAAUGCGAUCCUUCCCGAUUUGCAUAUCGAGUAUUGCUACAAGCUGUACAGUUCAUGGUUCAAUAACAGUAAAUAGGUAAUGUAUGUUAAUUCUUAGAGACUUUAAAUGGAUUGAGCUAGUCACACUCUGCUUUGCAGUUCUACAUAAGUUUAGGUAGGAGGUUAGAGAGCAAUUUUACAAUAGGGUUUACCAGUAGAGUAAUCAACGAAAAACCUAUCAAUUUGUGCUCGCUUGAGUGACCCUUACAGAUGCUUUAUAUCAGUAUUGGUUCGCUAUAUUUUCCCAUGUCACCUAUUUUGCUAUUGUUUUUAUAACAGAAUGAAGGCAUUGCAUAUCGCUCCGUAUUUCAAAUCAAUGUAAAUAUUCCUGUGUAUUUUUAAUGUUUCCCUCUAAGAGGAUUUUCAUGGCUUGGAUUUAUGCAUUUAUGCUAACUUUGUUGACACAUUUUGAUGUGAAUGUCGAAGAUAGUGAUGGCGGUAUUAUUUGAUCAAUCCAUAGCCAUGACAUUUCAGUUAAAAAUGUUGGCCUCUGUUCUCUUAUGCCAUGACCAGUUCAUAUAGUGAAUGUUACAUAUUUUAACUUUCACAAGGCUGCCUUCUUAAAUGAAUUCUUAGGAUGUUGUAAAAGUUUGUAUUUUAGUCCAAUAAAAGAGGUACUGUAUUUAUAUAUAUAUUUUAUGUUGUUAAACUGGAAAACUAAUAAUUAAAAGUGUUUUUGUGUAAGUAAA